AUGGACUACCUGUUGAGAGACGGAAGACAGGCGGUGAGACCCAUCGGUUAUGGAUUCCAUCACACUGGUCGUAAUGCUUCUGGAGAGAAUGGAAAUAUUCGUCGAUACAGAAGUACCCAUGCCAGUGUGAUAAGGAGAGUGGAAACGAUCAGAUUGCACCGGCACAAUCCUCUGGUUCGUGCAGAACCAGGUGCAGUCGGUACUGGGAAAAGGCGGACUGUUGCCCGAAGAGAGAGACGGGAACGCGCCCAUGAACUCCAUCAUCCCACGACGUCUCCACUAUCACCACCAACAACAAUAACACCACCAACAUCGUCAUCAUCAGAAUCAGUGGUGGUGGAAGACAAUAAGCAACAGGGGAAUGAUGGAGAGGCCAUCAACUCUGCCACCUACCCACCUCAACGCACCAUCAUCGUCUACAAUAGCAAUAUGGGUAGUAAUCACAACUGUCAAGAAGCAUCGAAAAUGGCUACUCUAAACCUCUCGGACGACGAAUCAUUAUAA